UUACACUUUUGCCGUACAAUGCAGCGUCUUCUUCUCACGCUGCUGACGCUGCCAGCCGUAGUCUCUAGCUUGGGUCUUCAAGGAGGCACAUGUGCGGCCAAUUGCACCUCUUCCAAGCAAGCGGUCUACUGCGCCCUCUCCAACUCGACAACUGCAUACGACGUUUCGUACAGCAACCAGUGCGAGUGCCUCGCUGCCAAGUGCAAGAACCGCAAGGUGCAUUGCUUUGCAAGCGCGGCCAAAGCAUGCGACCCGACGUGCUUGUCCAAGCUCGCCAGGUGCAAACCCAACCAAGUCGCACCUGUCUGCGGGUCCAACGGCGUGACGUAUGACCAUCUGUGCUACCUCAAGGCCGCACGGUGCCUUAACCCAAGCAUUGAAUUCCUCUCGCCAGGCAAGUGCCCCGCGACCAUGGGCAAGUGCGGCCUCGGCAAGUGUUCGAAAAACAAGGAAAAGGUGAAGGUGUGUGCUACGCUCAAGGGUGCCACGAUCAAGUUCAAGAACGAAUGCUUAUUAACGGCCGCAACCUGCGUCAACGCAGCUGUCACGCCCGUCGACUGCCCGAAGACGAAACCAGCCACCAAUUCGACGGGCAGUGGUGCCACCAUCACGGUCGACGAGUCAGACGACUCGGAGCUGGGCGAUGACAUUGGGUUGCUCGAAUUGCCCGUCGACACGAGCGAAAACAACUUUGACCUUUUCAUCUCGGACGACGUCAUGACGAUGGAGGUCAACAUGAGUAUGGAGACGAAUACGACGACGGCGCCGCCGAAUAAAAACGGUGCAGCCCACCACACGUACAUUGCGUGGGCUCUUGGUGCUUGCGCGCUAUCGGCGAUGCUCAUGUAAACGGGCCCUGCUUGGUAGCGACCGACGUCAACAAUAUAUUCUUACUUGCAUCGAUGUGCAC